CUCUGCAGAUCCGGCACUGUGAAAUCUGAGGAAUGCGUGCUUAUGGGACAAGAUCCUAGUAGUACAACCAAACACUUGAGGCUGUCCACCAGUGCUCUAUCUAUCUAUAUAUAUAUGGUCAUCUAUGUCUAUGUGAGAGACGUAGCUAGCUUGCCAUCAAUUUGUACCUCCCGGCUCUUACACCAAUGGCCGAUCCAAGCUUCUUCGUCGGAAUCGUUGGGAACAUAAUCUCCAUACUCGUCUUCACAUCUCCAAUUGCGACUUUCCGGAGGGUCGUGCGGAACAAGAGCACGGAGGAGUUCCGGUGGCUGCCCUACGUCACCACCCUCCUCUGCACCUCCCUCUGGGCCUUCUAUGGCCUCCUCAAGCCCGGCGGCCUCCUCAUCAUCACCGUCAACGCCGCCGGCGCCGCUCUGCAGGCCACCUACGUCGCCCUCUACCUGGCCUAUGCCCCCAGGGACACCAAGGUGAAGAUGGCGAAGGUGGUGGUGGGAGUGAACAUCUGCUUCUUUGCCGCGGUCGUCGUGGUGGGGCUGGUGACGCUGCACGGCGCCGUCCGGCUGUUCGCGGUGGGGGUUCUCUGCUCCGCUCUCACCAUCGCAAUGUAUGCUGCGCCCAUGGUCGCAAUGAGGACAGUGGUGAAGACCCGGAGCGUGGAGUACAUGCCCUUCUCCCUGUCCUUCUUCCUCUUCCUCAACGGCGGCAUCUGGAGCGUCUACUCCCUGCUCGUCAAGGACUACUUCAUCGGGAUCCCCAACGCCAUGGGUUUUGUGAUGGGCACGGCGCAGCUGGCGCUGUACAUGGCGUACCGGAACAAGAAGAAGCUCGUGGUGCUCAAGGAGGAGGACGAGGAGAAAGGGGCGGUGCACCUGAUGGGACAGGUAGAGCUGGGCCAGGCCAAGGUGCCGUCGUUGAAGAAGGGGCUGAGCCUGCCGAUGCCCUCGUCCCUGCCGUCGCCGUUGCACGGGUUUGGCAACCUAAUCAAGGCCUUGUCCGCCACCCCCCUGGAGCUGCACUCUGUCUUGAGCCAGCACGAGCGCGUCGGUGCUAAGGAGGAGCACCACGACGACGAGCAUGCCUACUCGUCCAAGUGACACACACUAACACUAACUAGUGCGUGUAGCAGCAUUUGAUAAAGCCUGCACGGGGUAUGCGUAAUAUAAUGCGUGUACAGUGUUCGCACUGAAAUGGAGAGUAUGGCGUGACAGCAUGUAUAUGACGUGCUUAUUUUGCGCAUAAAUUGAGAGGGCUAGUUUCUUUUCUUUUCUAUUUCAGCUCAGAUCUUUUAAGGAGGACAUAGCCUCGGCCUCUA